AUGACUGCAUCUUUUCAAACACUACCAGUUGAACUUUUUUAUCGUAUUCUCGAUAAACUUGAUAUAUUAACAAUUAUUAUAUCCUGUCGUAACGUUUGCGCAAGACUCAAUGCAAUAACAGACAGCUACGAUCGAUAUCAGAAAAUAAAGACUCUAGAUUUUCAUGGUAAUCAUCUCGGUUAUCAUGAAGCAUAUCAUUUAGCCAAUGCAUUAAAAAAUGAUAAGGUAGCACUUACAACAUUGAAUCUUAGUAAUAAUUCUAUCGGCUAUCAAGGAACAUAUUAUCUUGCCCAAAUAUUAGAAACCAACAUUACACUUAAAAUUCUAAGACUAAAUCGUAGCUCGAUUGGUGUUGCAGGAGCACAUUUUCUGGCUAAUGCAUUGAAAAAGAAUACCAAUCUAACAGUUCUAGAAAUUCAACAAAAUAAAAUUGACAUUGACGGAACAAACUAUUUAGCUGAUAUGCUGAAAUAUAAUAAGACACUUAUCACACUAGAUUUAGCGCAAAAUCAUAUAACCGAUAAAGGAGCAGAAUAUUUGGCUGCUGCUUUGCGUGAUAAUUCAACACUCAAAACUUUGAAUCUUAGUAAUAAUCGUAUCCAAGCCAAAGGUAUACAUUCUCUUGCUAAUACAUUAGAAAUUAACACAUCAUUGACAACACUCUACUUUCGUUGUAAUCGUAUUGAUCAUGAAGGUGCACAAUAUCUGGCUAAUGCAUUAUGUACUAACAAAACACUUACAACGUUAGAUCUCACUAAUAACAACAUCGAUAACGAAGGAGCAACAUAUCUAGCUAAUGCAUUAGAAAAUAAUACAACACUCUUAAUACUAUGUCUUCAAAGUAAUCCAAUUGACCAUGAAGGCACCCAAUAUUUAGCUAAUAUAUUUAAAAAUAAUAGUUUUGAUACUGACGAAAGUGAUUAUGAUAAUUUUGACGAUGACAAUAGUUCUAUCAAAAAACCUCCGCAGACUUUGAUCGAAUAUUUACUUGACAAUUAUAUUGUUUGGCCAUGGGAUAUAACAUAUGAGUCAAACAGAAACAAAUUGAUACAAAUCUGGGAAAAAUUGUUACCUGCUGGACCUUUGGAGAAUUAUUCUCUGGAACAAUAUCCAUUGCUUAUUGGUAUAAUGCGAAAAUCUUCAAAAGAAAGUCCGUGGUUAUCUUCAUCUGAAUAUGAAUGGAAAUCAUUGCUCACACGUGAUAGAUUAACACGCACUCAAGAGGCAGUUACUCGCGAGACAUUAAAACAAGAAUUAGAGAUCUUUAACAAAGAAUGUCAUGAUCACGAAGAAACUUUGUCAUUCGACUUCAGUGCUCGUAGUGGUCUUUGUUCAAAAGUCAUGCUUGAAAUAGUUCAAUACCUUUCAUUAAAUGAUAUGGUAAAUGCAUUUUCUAGUAGUAUUCUCCCAUUAUUAUAUGAACAUGAAACAAAAGUACAUAUAUCUCAAACGAGCACAACCUUUUUCAAUAUGGUUCUUUGGAAAAUCAGACCUGAACAGAUUGUUUCUUUACGUCUUAAUCCUAGUCCACUAUUUCCAGAGAUUCCUUCAUUUAUGUUACAUAGCUUCAGCAACCUUAUCUCACUCACUCUUGUCAAUCCAAUGCAUGUUGGCGAAAUUAACAAAUAUGUUUUUUAUUUUCCAAAAUUAAUCUGUCUUUCAUUGUACUAUGACAAUGAAGCUAAUUUCUUAGAAAUAAGAAGUAUUUUAUCACAAAUUCGCGAGCCCAUCAAACGAUUCGAAAUCCAUUGUGCUGGAGCAUUCUGUACGCAUUAUAACGGAUAUGAACUGUAUCAAAGUAGUUUACAGGAUUGGAAUGUUGAAUAUUUUCUCAUUGAAAUAGGCCCGCUUCUUUUGCCUUCAAUGAGCCAGUGUAUUCAAGGAUGCAAAUCAUGUUUUCUGGCUACAAUAUUAAAAUUCAUUAAUACCAUGGUCAAUAUUCGACAUGUUCGUCUUAUUACCGAUAAGUGUAAUCUUGAUCAAUUUUUAGAUUGGAAUGAAUGGAAAACUUCGACGAGCAACUGUAAAAAAUUAAAGACAAUAACAGUGGAAAUAUGGACACAUACUUCGUCGGGAGAACGAUAUGUAGAGAAGGCAAUGAAAUUCUACACAUGCCCUCAAAAUCAUCAAACAAUUACCGAUUAA